AUGCGCGAGCAAGGCCGCCGAGAGCGCGUCCGCACGUCUCUGCCUGGUCAUGAAGACACUCAUGUCUUCACAGAGUAUGAGCUCGGUGUCUCAUACUCUCCUGAUACGGAAGACGGAUCCGUAUCGACGGCGAUCGAAUCCAAGCCGCCUGCCAAGCGUGGCAUGGACGAUGCUUUGCGCCGCAGCAUCUUUGGUUCAUCUGAUGAAUCAGAUGAACCAUCGUCGAAGCGAAGGCGCUCGAGGUCGCGAGACUCGGGCGCUAACAGUGGUGUCGGUUCUCCUAUGGACACUACUUCGCGACGAGGUGCCAGUACUUCUGUCGGCACAUCGCAGGAAGAGCGGGACCGCAGUGUGUUGCGUCUCGCUCCCGAGAAGAAGGCAUGGAUGCCUCCUAAAUCCGUCAUGGAUCACUUGUCGGCGACGACGAGUGAUCGUUAUCGAACACGGUUGUUUGAUUCGUCAAGGAUCCAUCACCUUGACCCCAGCGCGAAAAACUAUCGCGCUGAGAAUGAUUUCUUCAUCGAUGCUUUCUUCAAUCAUCGAUGGUACAGUGGGAAUCAAAAACGUGAUGGUCCCUCACUGCUUCAGGCGUGGAACGCCUACAUCCAUAACCUUGAGGAUGUAGGUCGUGACGCUUGGAACGACAAACUUAUCAAAGCUCGUGAUAAGUUUGAAAAGCGAACCCCGACAGGUGCACGCUACAAGCUGCAUCGUCUGUCAAGGGAGAAGGGAUUACCCUGCCUCUCAUGGGGAGACUCGUGCCCAUGUUGUGUGAACCACUCUGCACGAGCACCUAAGGAGGCUUACCUCCUUACCAGCCCGUGGUGGCGCGUACGUAUCUAUACUGAGAUGUACGAAGGGAUUGACAACCUGAAAUCCCUUUACGACCGUGCCGGGAAGGCUUUCUCCGGCGGCCCUUCUUCGGCACAGGAUGUGCCGCGUCGUAGUCCUCAACCAGACCCAGUACGUCGAUCAUCAGUUGGGAGCGGGGCUCCCAAGUAUCCCAGGACGGGGGAUAGCCGCGCCAUCGGACGAGAUAACUCGUCUGACGUCCGUUCACGUCGUGGUGGCUCAACAGCUGCUCAACUAGAUAGCGCUGGCCACCGCGAGAGUCCUCUAAUGGAGGUGGAGGAGGAGGAAAGACGCUCUCCACGCGAUCGUGGGGAUCCGUGUGUUCCCGAGAGCUUCUUUGAUCGCGUAACGGAAGGGGUUUCGCAACGAUCUCGAACAUGA